AUGCUUUCUCGCGCUGUUCGCCCGGCCGUGAGGGCUGGCGCUGUUGCGGUCACCCGCACUGCUCCUCCCAAUGCCGCCAACUUCGCGACCCUCCGUGAAAUCGAAGGACGUCUCAAGUCCAUCAAGAACAUCAAGAAGAUCACCAACACGAUGAAGGUCAUCGCCUCCACCCGUCUGACUCGCGCUCAGAAGGCCAUGUCCGACUCUCGUGCCUACGGUCAGACCUCCAACACGCUUUUCGAGCAGGCCGAGACCAAGGCCCUCGAGGACAAGAAGACUCUGCUCGUCGUCGCCAGCUCCGACAAGGGUCUUUGUGGUGGUAUUCACUCCGGUCUCAGCAAGGCUACUCGUCGCGUUCUUGCCGAAUAUCCCAACUCCGAUAUCGUGGUUCUCGGCGAGAAGGCCAAGGCUCAAUUGUCUCGUUCCAACCCUGAGGCUAUCGUCCUGAGCUUUGCCAACGUCUGCAAGGACAUCCCUACCUUCGCCGAUGCUCAGGCCGUGGCCGACCAGAUCGCUCUGCUGCCUACCGAUUACGCCAGCGUUAAGAUCAUCUACAACAAGUUCAUCAACGCCCAAAGCUACGAGCCCGGCACUGUCGAGGCUUACUCCGAGGAGGCCAUCACCCAGUCCCCCAAUUUCUCCGCUUACGAGGCCGAUGAGGAGACUCUCUCCAACCUCCGCGAGUAUGCUCUUGCCAACAGCUUGUUCUGGGCUAUGGCUGAAGGCCACGCCUGUGAGAUUUCGGCCCGUCGUAACGCUAUGGAGAACGCCUCCAAGAACGCUGGUGAAAUGAUCGACAAGUUCCAGAUUCUGUACAACCGUCAGCGUCAAGCCGCCAUUACCGGUGAACUGGUUGAAAUUAUUACCGGUGCCGCCGCCAGCGCUGAGUAG